ACCGUGACCGUGAACAAACCAAUGCAAUUCUACGCUCGUGAAGAGACAUUGAAUAAUCCCUCCUUUUCGAAACGCCCCCAACCCGAGGGAGGAGGUAGGGAAGUAGCUUUCUGGUGACAGAGAGGACCAUAAACGGCGAUCGAGGUGGAGGCGCAGGCGGAUUAGUGCCAGCGCCAGGCAGGCGGGUUGUUUGUGAUUAACUGCUGCUGGGGACUGGGGUAUGGAGAUGUUGCGUCGCUCUUCAGUAUUCGCGGCAGAAGUGAUGGAAGUAUUUGACCGAUCCCCCACAGACAAGGAGCUGGUGUCACAGGCGAAGGCGCUAUGCAGGGAUUUCAUCCAUUCCAGGCUGAACAGGACCGGGAUUGGGUGGUCGAAGGCCGAGCAUCAGCUGUCGGCAUCAGGUGGGACGCUUGGAGAGAUCUCCUCUGUCCUCAUGUGGUUAGGCGAUGAGUUGGAGUACCUGCGACCCAACAUCUACCGUAACGUAGCUCGUCAGCUGAACAUCACCGUUGCGUCUGAGAGCGUGGUGUCUGAUGCCUUCCUGGCUGUGGCUGCAGAGAUCUUCUCCACCGGUAUAACGUGGGGGAAGGUGGUGUCCCUGUAUGCGGUAGCCGGUGCCCUGGCGGUGGACUGCGUGAGGCAUGGUCACCCAGCCAUGGUCCACACCAUCGUAGACUGCAUGGGGGAGUUUGUCCGCAAGAGCCUGGUCUCCUGGUUGAAGAGGAGAGGAGGCUGGGCUGAUAUCACAAAGUGCGUUGUGAACACGGACCCCAGCUUCCGCUCCCAUUGGCUGGUGUCUGCGACCUGCGCCUGUGGCCAUUACCUGAAGGCCAUGUUGUUUUACCUGCUCCGGGACAAGUGACAACGGAGGACGCGUUGAGGCACGGCACGAUGGACAAUCUGCCCGCCAGCGCAGGACAGCAGAGCCUUAUCCUGGUCCCAGAUCUGUUCCCAGCCCCUGACAACUCUAUUGCUGUCGUUGUCAAGCUAAACAAUUUUUUUGUUUGUGUGUUUUAGAUCAAGGAGUUUGUCAGGACAAGUGAGUGACAAGGAGUUGUCAUGACAGCCCAAACAGUCUGAAGGGGCAGCCAUCCCUCCUCUAGAGUUCUAGAUAUGUUGUUCGUUUACACCUGCAGACGUUUGCACUGAGUCUGCCACUGACGAGCACCUUGGGCCUCUUCACAAACAAAUGAAACAAACGCACCGGCAUCGGAAC